UUGCCCUGAUAGUCGCCGCCUCUCGGCUCGAAGUGGGUCUGGUAAUAGGUGGGUCUGCAGUGUUGCCAGAACUGAAGGCGGACAACACGACCAGUUUUCUCAGUCAGCGAUCAGGAUGUUACAUGGCUUGUGUCCCUGCCCGGCAUCUCCGGCGUGGCCACGACCCUGGCGGUGGGGCCCCUCAUCGAGUUCGCGGGCCCGACGCGACUCCUGAGGGCGCUGAUGUUCCUGGCGGGGGUCCUGUGGCUCCUGCAGGCCUUCACGCCCUACCUGUCGCUGCUGUACCUCGGGCGCCUCGGCUCCUGCCUCGCCUUCAACGCCGUGGGGCCCCUGGCGCCGGGCCUCAUCUCCGAGCUGGUGGAGCCCUCCGUCAGGGGCUCCCUCGUCGCCGUGGUGGAGGCGGUGGUGGCGCUCGGGCAGCUCGGCGUCUACUGCCUGGCCGACGCCCUGCCCUGGCGCCUCACCACGGCCCUCUGCGCCGCGCCCUUCUUCCUCGUCUUCGUCCUCGCCUUCGCCGUGCCUGAGUCGCCGUACUGGCUGGUGCGCAAGGGCCGCCCCGACGCCGCGGCGACGUCCCUGAAGCGACUCCGAGGCCCCGUCAAGGACUCCAGCGCCGAGCUCGACGAGAUCACGGCGAGCAUCAAGGAGCGCCCUCAGUCUAACCUCAAGGAUCAGCUGAAACAGCUGUUCGUCCCGCAGAACUUCCGGCCCGUCCUCUUCCUGGCGUCCGUGUUCGCGCUGCGGGAGCUCGGCGGCCAGUACGUGGUGUUCUCGUACACGGUGUACCUGUUCCGUGAGGCGGGCGUGGCCAUGGAUGCGUACGCGUGCACCAUCCUCGUGGGCGUCGUCCGCCUCGCCUGCACCGUGCUGGGGUCGCUCCUGCUGGACCGGGUUGGGCGCCGGCCGAUGCUCCUGGCGACGAGCGUGGUCUGCGGGCUGGCCGAGCUGGUGGGCGGGGCCUUCCUGCUGGGCCAGUUCCCGGGGGCGUCGUGGGUCCCCCUGGCGGCCGUGCUGGUGUUCGUGUCGUCCUACGGCCUCGGGCUGAGUCCCGUGCCCUGGGUGCUCCUGGGCGAGCUCCUGCCGACGGCCGUGCGCUCCGUCGGCACCUCCAUCUGCGUCUUCAACUUCGCCCUCACCAUCUUCGCCGUGAGCUACACCUUCCCGCCGCUGGUCGAGUUCGCCGGCGUCGGCACGGCGCUCGUCGUCUUCGCCGGCUUCCACGCCGCCCUCAGCGCCGUCGUGUGGGCCUUCCUGCCGGAGACUCGAGGGAAGUCGCUCAGCGAUCUCGAAGACGCCUUCACCUCCAGGCCCAAGGAGGCCGACGGCGCCGCGGCUGGGGAGGGCGAGCGAGCCGAUAAGGACAAAGACACGAACGUCUAACUAUACCUAUAUACCCCAUCUGUCUAUCUGUCCAUUCAUCUAUCUAUCCAAGUGUAUGUACGUGUUUGUGUAGGUUCAAGUGUGUGUGUAUGCAGACAUAGAGAGACAGACACGUGUGCGUGUUACACCCCGUCCAGUACAGAACAAAACCGCUUCCUCAGCAGGUAUUCCUCCUGUGCUACUUCACUCCGUCCAUUUCCUGUGAUUCCGCUCAGCUGUUCUGACUCUUCUCUCUCCUUCGCUAACGCUUCUUCGCAACUAAUACAAUUCCACAUAUUCCGUCUAACAUACUUCCGUCCUUUCUCAUAAAAUAUGUUUAUAUUCGGGUCUAGUUUAACCUCUUUCAUACAUCUCGUAACUUUAUUACAUGUAUCUCUAAUCCAUUUUUUACAACACAUUUUACUAUUAGAGAUUUCCUAAAAGAAGAGACACGUCUAGCUUAUGGCGUCCAAUCUUAACCCAACUUAAAGUACACCGAAUCAUUUUGCUUUAACCUAACCUACCUACUCCCUACCACAACCUAACUUAAAUUAUUAUAUUCUAGCCUAGCCUCACCCUGCGAUUCGGAAACCAAAGUACCUUAUCCUACUCUAUCCUAUGGAUAGGGUAGGAUGAAUUAGGCGUGGUUGGAGCUCAACAAAUCUACCUAACUUACCCUAUCCUAUCUUAUCUUAAGUCUAACCCCUUGUAUCUAAUUAAUCUAGAUUUAGACGUGAUUUAACCUCCCAUUAACAAUAAUGAUUAUUUUGUUUUCAUAAAAUAGAUAUUUCUCGUUGAUUUUGUUAGUAGUUUAUAUCAUAUACCAUUUAUUACCGCUGUACCUGUAAUAUUGUUUAGUAUUACAAAUACUUAUAAGUACCACUCCAUACUUUAAAACUUUUACGUCAGUGUUUGAGUGUAUCCUGUUCACUUAGAUAGGCCUAUGUGUGAUUCU